AUGUCUACCUCUGUCGACGACGUCAUUCCCACGUCCAAGGAUCGCCGUCAUCUUCGUGCCUGCCUUCUUUGCGGAUUGAUAAAGUCUGCCGCUCAGUUUCGUUCCACCGGCUGCGAGAAUUGUGAUGAAGUACUGCACUUGAAGGACCACCCUAAAAGAAUCACAGAAUGCACCUCGGCCAGCUUCGAUGGAAUAAUUGCGCAGAUGAGACCGGAGCAAUCGUGGGUCUCCCGCUGGCAACGCACAGAUAAAUUUGUAAAGGGAAUGUACGCCAUCCGAAUCACGGGAAGGCUCCCAGAGGAAGUCCAAGAAUUGCUGAACGAUAACGGAAUAAAGUAUCGGCCAAGGGACGGAAGCGUUAGAGAUUAG